AUGGAGGCGGGACAAUUUGACGACGCUCCUGAUCAGGGAUCGCUCGAUCACGAGUCUCAGCAGCGCACCGAACAGGAACAGCAGCGCAAUCUGCAGCUGGUGCAAGAUUCGGAUUCCGCGCUCUCCCAGAAGCAACGCCGCCUCGAGAUCUCCGACAUCCUGCGCGCUUCCUCCGAUGCCGAAGACUCGGAAGAUGACGACGAUGCCAUUCCGGAGGAGGAGGAUGACGACUACGAUGAGGACGACAUGAACGCAUAUGGUGCCGUCGAGGAUGCCGACUGGGAGCUCGCGCGUGGCGACUUUACCAAGCAGUUCAACCGCUCGCGUCAACUCGCCUCGGCCAUCAACAAUGCAGCUUCGUCGUCUUCGUCCUCCUCAACACAGAUGAAAGCUUCCACAGCCGCCACACCGCUUCCCGCCAUGAAUCGACGUCGUCGUCCGCCCCCCGCUGCGUCUAGCACUGCAUCCUCUUCCAAGACCACCUCGGCGCUCGGCGCAGCCGCUGCAGCAGGCCCGUCGACGGGACAGACCAGGACGGCGUCACAGAUGGAGUCGCUCUCCAAGUUUGCCUCGCGCGUGCGCGUCGACGACAUGUACGACCCCUCGUCGGCCAUCGGCGGUGGCGUCAACUCCACCGUGCCGCGCAAGGCGCUCGGCGGCCGCGACGUGGUGCGCAUCAAGGACAAGGCGGACCGCGCCACUGUAGAGGGCGUUCUCGAUCCACGCACCAUGGUCAUCCUCUACAAGAUGGUCAACCGUGGCCUGCUCGAGUCCGUCAAUGGCUGCGUCAGCACAGGCAAGGAAGCCAAUGUCUACCACGCCACCACCGCCAGCGCCCACGACGCAGCAACCAAGGGCAGCCUGGCGCUCAAGAUCUACAAAACGAGCAUCCUGGUGUUCAAGGACCGCGACCGGUACGUCAGCGGCGAGUUCCGCUUCCGCCACGGCUACGCAAAGCACAACCCGCGCAAGAUGGUGCGGCUGUGGGCCGAGAAGGAGGCGCGCAACCUCAAGCGCAUGGUCGCCGCCGGUCUGCGCGCGCCCAUCCCCGUCGAGCUGCGCGACCACGUGCUGGUCAUGCAGUUCCUCGGCGACUCGGACGGCUGGGCAAGCCCAAGGCUCAAGGACGCCGACGAGAUGAUCAGCUCGGACGCAGCAACGUGGCAGCGGCUGUACAGGGAGCUGCUGGCGAGCAUGCGCAUCAUGUAUCACGAGUGCAGGCUCGUGCAUGCCGACCUGAGCGAGUACAACAUCCUCUACCACGAGGGGCAUCUGUGGAUCAUCGACGUUUCGCAGUCGGUGGAACACGACCAUCCGCGCGCGUUCGAUUUCCUUCGCGCCGACAUCACGCAUGUGGACGAGUACUUUGCGCGCCGCGGCGUGCACACGCUCGGUCUGCGCCGCACGUUUGACUUUGUCACGAGCGAGCCGGCGGCGAGGGAAGGAGGCGGUGCAAGGAAAGGUGGCCGCGCGGGACUCGAGAAGCAGGAGGCGGAUUUCGACGAGGACAAGCCCAAUCCCAACGCGGCGCACGAUGCGCAGCUCAAGCGACACGCCUCGGCUGCAUCGGAGAGCGGUGCGGUGGUGGGCAACAGGGUGACGGGUGGUGGAGCGUGGUAUACUGGUCUGCACGGAGCACCCGCCCCUGCACCCGCGCAGCUUGCGGGUGAAAGCGAAGCCGAACUCAUGCAUGCACUCGAAGAGCUGAUGCACCAGCUCUCGCUCGAACCUGCGCUGCCCGACCCUGCGCACAACACCGCGGCGGACGACGAAGUGUUCAAAGCAACCUACAUCCCCUUUUCGCUGCACGAGGUCGACGACCCGGAGCACGAGAUUCAGGUGCAAAAAGCUCCCACCCAGCAGAAACCCAAGGCACCGCUCGAAAACCUGCUGCCCACAUCCUCCUCGCAAGAUUCUUCCGAGGAAGACCAAGACGAGGAUUCGGAUGACGAUUCGGAGGAUGACGAUUCGAGCGCCGAGGCGGUGCAUCCCAAGGACGCCAAGCUGAGCAAGGAAGACGCACGGGCGGCCAAGAAGGAGGCCAAGAAACAGACCAAGGCAGCGACGCGCGAGAAGCGCAAGACCAAGAUGCCCAAGGCGGAGAAAAAGCGUCGCAUGAAGAAGAACCACAAGUAG